UACGACUACAUAUCAUAAAUUUUGUAAUGAUAGGUCAAUGGUAAAUCAAAAGGUUACAAUAACAAAAAAUAGACUAUCUAUGAAGAUAGGAACAAUAUAAAUUUGAUGUAUAUUUUGUUGUAUGCAAGUGUCAAAACAGGAUCACAGAUUGAUAUUAUGACGAAUGUUUUGGAAAUAUUAAGUAAAUUUUGGAAUGCACAGUAUUACAGCCCGACUUGAUAGUCUGAAUCAACAACUGAUGAUCAUUUCUAAAUUGCAAAGAAUGGAAGGGGAAUGUGAUGUGUAUCCUGCCUUAAUGUGUAAAAAGCAACAGAUUGCCGAAGUUACAAAUAAAAAUGUUGCUUUAAUUGAAGAAAAGAAUAACUUAAAACAAAAAUUGGACUCUGUAUCAGAGGACGAGACCAAGAGGUGUGCAGAAGUGGAGUUAGAAGUGAAUAGGAUGAGAUCUGCAAUAAAGGAAAAAGAAGAUGCUUUGAACAAAGAAAGAGCAGAAUUCAAUAGCAUGAUUUUGGAACUCACAAAUGUGAUAAAAAUCCAAAAAAGAAGGCUAUGUGAAAUAACUGGUGUAUGCAACGAUCAACAACAUGCAUUGCACGAGAAACACAAAGAGUUAUCUCAAAAAAGCACUGAAUUACUGAAAGUACAAGAUGCAUUGCAAUCGAGUAAUAAUCUGAGUAAAGAAAUGCAAGGACAGAUAGAACAUUUGAAAGAGUGUUUAUGCGAAGAAUCAAAAGCUUGCCAAUGUAUGAAGCAAGAAUUAGAAAUUCUGAAAGAAAACCAUUCUUCUGAAUUAAGGAUAAAGGAAAAAAUAGUGGAAGAACAAAAUAAGACUAUUACAAGGCAAAGAAAGUUGCUACAUGAUAGCGAAGAAAUGGCACAUCAAGUUGCCAGUGAAUUUGAACAACUCCGAGAGGAAUUGUGCCAAGAAAAGGAGAAGUGUGAGUGUCUGCAAAUAAAGUUGGAUAAAAUCGACAGCAAAUUGAAUAAAACAUAUUCACUGGAAUGUCAGCAAUGUGGGAUUCUAAGAUCUGAAAUAGAUUAUCUGAAAAAGGAGAAACAAAGAUCAUUAACAAUCGCGAAGUUUGCUUAUCAAAAAUUGAAUCAAUCUACGAGAUUAUAUCAGAAACAGCUUGCUUGUCAAAAAGAACACUAUAGGAAUAUGGAGUUGAUAAUCGAAAGGAAAGAUCAUGAAAUAGGAUGCUUAAAAACACAAAUUCUCCAAAACCACUCAAAAUCUAUUCAAAGAAUAAAUAAUUAUGUGGUAUAAUGCAAUUAUAGUAAAAUUGAAUGCUCAUGUUCCUAAAAUGUGUUACAGGAAUAAGUUUAAAUAAUUUGAGCUUCAUAGAUUUCUACCAAUAAAUAUAUCAUAAUGUAUAUAUUUUACUAUGGUCACUUUUCAGGUAAUACACUAUAGAUAUAAAUUUACAUUGUACAUACACGCAACAUUGCAAUAUUCUGCAGAAAAGAUGUAUGCAGUCUUUGGUUGAAUAUAGAUGCACCAAGUUACUUGAACUUCAACUUAGACACUCUUACUCUGAUCUCAAGUAACAGUAGUUUAAUGUUUCUCUUGUACCAAAUGAUAUUAUAAUUCAAGUGAGUUUUCCAGUUUUUAUCUAAAAAUUGUUUAUAAAAUACUGACAUGUCAUCUGCAGUGAUCGAGGUCUUUCCCUGAUCCUUUAACUUAUCUUGGAAUUGCUUACGUUCCUACAAUACAUUUAACAUUCUAAAAUACAAUACUUCUGUCUUGCAAAAACAUUCUAGAAGAUUUGAGAGCUGUACUUCUGUAAAACUGGCAUUGUGUCGUGUCCAAAAAUUUUGGUUCCAAAUUUGAGUAGCCUCCCUAGCCUCUCUGUACUUCUUUUCGAGGUUCGUCUCAUUUUUCGGUUUCGCAAAUAUUAUCGGCCGCAAAUUCGAGACCGGAUCGGGUGGCCCUAUUAUGUCAGCUUGUGUCGCAGAUUUUAGGUUAGAAAUCGUUUUCUGUUUAAGAUAAAUAACAUGAAUGUAUAGUAAGAUUGUUGAAACGUCGACCAACAUAACAAAUGGUAAACUUACUGUGCUGAAUAAUCGGGUUACAUUGUUGCAAUGUUUCAAUUGCGUGAAUAUACAUGCUCGAGCCAUGUCAUAGACAAUUACAUUUUUAUGAACCACGCGUUUUUUGGUUAUACGCUCAAUACUACAUACAAUGCAGUAAUACAGGGUGUCACAAUUAAUUUCAGCACCUCAAACAGUUUGCUUGUGUCUAUCAUGUCAUUGAUAACAUAAAAAGUUGUCAGAGAAAAGCAUGAAUCGUGUAGAGGUAUCAAGUUCAUUGAUGUUUUUUUAACUUGGUACUACAUAUGUAUUUUCGUAAUAGUCAUGCACUAGCCUAGAUCAAGGCCAAUGUUUAAUGUCCUUUGUUUUAUCUUUGAGUACAAAUGAAUUGGAAUAAUGAUUCGCAAAUUAAAUUCGUAUACAACAAA